AUGUCUCCACAACCCAAAACCUACAUCAUAACUGGCGGCUUCUCAGGCAUCGGCCUCGCAGUUCUCACCCACCUUCUCACGCCGGCAAAGAACCCGGACAUCCCGGCCCCAACCAUCCACGUCGUCGACCGCGCCUCCACACCCCCAACGCUAACCCCCGGUCUCCCAACCACAACCAUCCACUUCUACCCAAACACGGACGUAACCUCCCGCGCCGCCAUAACAGCAGUCUUCGCCCUCAUCCUCUCCCGCACCCCACGCAUCGACGGCCUCGUCAAUAGCGCAGGCAUCUGCCCGCCGCCCACGGUCGGCGGGAUCGAGAGCGACGCGCUCUUCGACCAAGUGCUGGACGUGAACCUGCGGGGCACGUGGAUCGUCGGGACGGAGUUCCUGAAAUCCGUGCUAGAGUGUAACAGGCCGGACGGGGAUGCAGGAGGCGUCCAGCCUCGCGCGGCGAUCGUCAACAUAGCCUCCACGGCGGCCAUUUCACCCCCGCUUGGGAUGGUGGCGUAUGCGACCAGUAAGUAUGCGGUGCUGGGGUUAACGAAGGCGUGGGCGAAGGAGUAUACGCGGCACGGGGUGAGGGUGAAUUGCGUGGCGCCAGGGGGUACGCGGACGCCGUUGGUGGACGGGGCAUUGACGGCGGAGAGGAUUGAGGCGUAUGGUAAGAGCGCGCCGAUGGGCCGGUUGGCGGAGGCCGGGGAGAUUGCUAGUGUUGUGGGGUUCUUGUUGGAGGGGGGUGCCGGGUUUGUGACUGGGCAGAUGGUUGUUGUGGAUGGGGGGUAUUAUUUGUGAUUCUUGUGCCAGGGGGAAAGCACUCUCUUUCAGAAUGAGAAAAGGGCAGGUGGGUAACCUGGAAUUGUGUCUGUUGCUUGACGUCCUGGCCUGGGACGUCGGGCUGCAACGAAACACAGAUAGGAUGAAGGUUUUAUCACAU